AUGCAAGCCAAUAUGAAACGAUUUUUCAAACCAAUUUCUGGUUCAACGUCCAACACCAAUGUCGAUGAUUUGCCAUGGGAUCCUGCUGAGAGGAAAGAGAUAAUGAGUUAUCAUCCGAAUGAAAGAGACGAGAUAAGACGCAGAUAUCUUGUUAGAGGUCCAUGUCAACCUUAUGAUCAUCCUUUUAAAAAAACAAAGAUGAGUAAUGCAAUGAGGCGAUUUAAUCCAGCUUGGUUUGAGAAGUAUGGUACUUGGCUAGAGUAUAGUGUAUCAACAGAGAGAGCUUUUUGUUUGUGUUGCUACUUAUUUAAAGAUGAUGUACGAAAGAAAGGUGGGAAUGAUGCGUUUGUGAAAGAAGGGUUUUGUACUUGGAAUAAGCCUGACAGGUUAGACACUCAUAUGGGUAAAUCAUCCAACAGUUCUCAUUGUUGUGCUGCUGAAAAGUGUGAUAACUUGAUGAAGCAAGGUCAGUCUAUUGUGCAUGCCUUGUUUAAGCAAGACGAUUUGGUGAAGAAGGAGUAUCGCAUUCGUUUAAAUGCUUCAAUUGAUGUUUCCAGAUAUUUGUUGCGACAAGGAUUGUCUUUUCGUGGUCACGAUGAGUCAGAAGAAUCUGCCAAUAGAGGAAAUUUCUUGCAACUCGUGAAAUACACAGGAGAACAAAAUGAUGCUAUAAGUAAGGUUAUUUUGAAUAAUGCUCCAAAAAAUAACCAGAUGAUUUCUCCAAAGAUUCAGAAAGAGAUCGUGAAUUGUUUUGCAGAAGAAGUAGUGAAGUCAAUUAUUGAAGAAAUUGAUUAUGGUGUGUUUGGUCUGUUAGUUGAUGAGUCUGCAGAUAUAUCUCACAAAGAACAAAUGGCUGUUGUAUUCCGAUUUGUUGAUAAGAGCGGAGCAGUGAAAGAAAGGUUUAUUGGAGUUGUUCAUGUAAAAGAAACGUCAUCUGCAUCUUUGAAGUCUGCUAUUGAUAAUUUGUUUGCUAAAUACGGGUUGAGCCUGAAAAGGCUGCGAGGGCAAGGCUAUGAUGGAGCAAGCAACAUGAAGGGGGAAUUUAAUGGCUUGAGAGCAUUGGUUGUUAGAGAAAAUAAUGCUGCUUAUUAUGUUCAUUGCUUUGCUCAUCAACUCCAGUUGGUGGUGGUUGCUAUCGCUAAAAAACACUUUGAGGUUGGUGAUUUUUUUGAUAUGAUUUCUACAUUAUUGAAUGUAGUUGGAGCUUCUUGCAAAAGGCAAGAUAUGAUUCGAGAAAAUUAUCGAAGAAAAGUGCAGGAAGGAAUUAGUAGAGGUGAGAUUAACACUGGUACAUGAUUGAAUCAAGAAAUUUCGCUUCAAAGACCUGGAAAUACUCGAUGGGGUUCUCAUCAGAAAACAUUGGAACGAUUAGUUGAGUUGUUUUCUACUAUCAUUGAGGUUCUUGAGUAUAUCCAAAAUGAAGGCGUUGAAGACUCCAAAAAACGUCAAGCCUAUGGUCUUCUCAAGUACUUUCACACUUUUGAUUGUGUGUUCUACAUGCAACUAAUGCUACUUAUUUUGGGAUUAACUGAGAAUUUGUCAAUGGCUUUGCAAAGGAAAGAUCAAGAUAUUUUGAAUGCCAUGUCAUUGGUGGAAUCUACUAAGGGAGAAUUGCAAAAGCUUAGGGAUAAUGGAUGGGAUUCACUUAUGAAUAAAGUUUCAUCUUUUUGCGAGAAACAUAAUGCUGAAAUGCUUGUCAUGGAAGACGUCUUUGUUGAUCCAAGGAAACCAAGAAGGAAAACCAAUAUAACCAACUUGCAUCAUUAUAAGGUUAACUGCUUCUACACUAUUCUAGACUUACAGCUUCAGGAGUUCAAUGAUCGUUUUACGGAGGUAAACACUGAUCUACUUAUAUGUAUGGCUUCUUUAAGUCCUCUUGAUUCAUUUUGCGAGUUUGACAAGGAAAAGUUGGUGAAGUUGGUUAAGUUUUAUCCAGAUGACUUUAGUUAUGGGGAGACUUUGUGUCUUGAGCAGCAUCUUGAUAUCUACAUUGACAAUGUACGCAGAGAUGAAAGAUUUAAAAACUUGAAAAGUCUUGGAGAUCUUUCUUGUUUAAUGGUAAAAACCCAAAAGCAUCUUGCACAUCCUUUGGUUUACAGGCUUUUGAAGUUGGUCUUAACUUUACCAGUUGCAACAGCAAGUGUUGAGAGAUGUUUUUCGGCAAUGAAAUUGGUGAAGACGACUACACGCAAUAGAAUUGGAGACCAGUUUCUAAGUGAUUGUCUUGUUUGCUAUAUUGAAAAAGAGUUACUU